CAGCAAAAAGAAAUUCAAAAAAAUUCGUUGCCUUCUCAUAUUCCUAUUUAUAUUGGGUAAAAAGAUACAAAUAAAUAGAUACAAAACAUCUGACCGCGGAUUUCUCGGCUCCUGUUUCUCGAGAAUCAUCUAUCUUUUCAUAAAAUAUAGAUGAAUAUAUAACUUUAAGUUCUACUUCCUAAGAAAUUUUUAUCUGUUAAAGCGAGAGGGUGCUGGUUCGGGAAGCUAUUUGAACUUCUGCGAGCUUGGGAUCCUCUCUCAUUAUUGUUCGACUAUCUCGGUUCAGUACGUUAUUAUUUUCAAAGUCUCUGGGAUUGAGUUCGAGAAUCGUGGAGAUCACUGGGGAGAAAAAGGAAUUUUGAGGGGUUAAAGUUGAUUCAAGCUGGUAAUUAUGGGUUCUUUUUGUUGCUGUUUGAGGAAUGAAUAUGACGAGUUUGGUAAUCCGAACAUCUCAAUUUAUAGGAACUGUAUGUGCCUUCAAUGCUUCCUGCAGAACUUCUUGCGUAUGUAUACAUCACUGUUUCAUAGAGGGGUAGAACAAGUCAUUCCUUCAUCCACUCAAGGGACGGCAACUUUAAGUUCUGCGUCCCUUGAUAACUCGCUAGCUGAUAUGUAUCGCUCUCCUCCAAGACCUCUGCCAUAUGAUGCAGAUCCAAGGUAUUUCCGCUUGCAGCGUGAUGGACUGGUCUCUAGAAGGGAGAAAGGCUCAACUCAUUCACAUGAGGAAACCGAACCUCUUCGAAGGAGUGAAGUAGAUGAAGAUUCUGAAUCCUUUACUAAUACGAAGAAAUGGAACAAAUUUGAAUGUGAAGAAGGAUCAGAAGAAUAUGAUCCUAAAUCACCAGUAAAGCUUUCAACGGCUAAAACAACAACAGGAUAUGCUCAUAUUUACACUUCUUCUGAAGAUGAAGAUGUCUGCCCGACAUGUCUUGAAGAAUAUACUACUGAAAACCCCAAGAUUAUUACAAAAUGUUCUCACCAUUUCCAUCUUGGUUGUAUAUAUGAAUGGAUGGAAAGAAGUGAUAAUUGUCCAGUUUGCGGCAAGGUGAUGGCAUUUGACGAGACUUGAUCUAUACUGAAAAUUCUACUCACAGAGAAACCAACCACAAACAGAAAGGGAAAGAGACAUCAGAAUCUGAAAGUGUAAAGCCAUUGUGAAUACCGCAUUCUUAAAAGUGUUGACUUCUUAUGACAACAUUAUUAGAUAUAACCUUUGAGUUUCGACUCAGUUCAUUGCGAUUUUCUUCCAAAUGCUUUGCCAUUUCGUGUUGUUCUUUGCUCAAGCUACAAGUUUUUAGCUGUAGUUCUCUUCAACGAGGAGAAAUCGACCUUAAAUGCAU